GUGUUUCGGAUCGUUCGCGUGUUGCGGCUCCAGCAGAGUCACCUUGCUUCGGCCGCUGCAGCUGCUGCUGUUCUGGGGAUAGAGCAGAGGAACCGACCGGGCCAGAGGCGACAGGAAGGCAGCUGGCCACCGACCGAACCGGGUCGACAUGGCGGAGACAAAGCCGAAGACCUCUCCGAAGGCCAUAAAGUUCCUGUUCGGAGGUCUGGCCGGCAUGGGGGCCACGGUGUUCGUCCAGCCUUUGGACCUGGUGAAGAACCGGAUGCAGCUGAGCGGCCAGGGCACCAAGGCCCGCGAGUACAAGACCAGCUUCCACGCUCUGUUCUCCAUCCUGAAGAACGAAGGACUGGGAGGCAUCUACACCGGCCUGUCUGCAGGGCUCCUCCGCCAGGCCACCUACACCACCACCCGCCUGGGCAUCUACACCAUCCUGUUUGAGAAGAUGACGGGAGCCGACGGACGGCCGCCCAACUUCUUGCUGAAGGCUCUGAUCGGGAUGACGGCCGGCGCCACCGGAGCGUUUGUGGGGACGCCGGCGGAGGUUGCUCUGAUCAGGAUGACGGCUGACGGGCGACUUCCGGCUGACCAGAGGAGAGGAUAUACCAACGUGUUCAACGCUCUGGCUCGCAUCACCAGAGAGGAAGGGCUGACCACACUGUGGAGGGGCUGUGUUCCCACCAUGGCCCGGGCGGUGGUGGUCAACGCCGCUCAGCUGGCGUCCUACUCCCAGUCCAAACAGGCGCUGCUGGACUCAGGGUACUUUGGAGACGACAUCUUGUGCCAUUUCUGUGCCAGUAUGAUCAGCGGUCUGGUUACCACGGCAGCAUCGAUGCCUGUCGACAUCGUCAAGACCAGGAUCCAGAACAUGAGGAUGAUUGACGGCAAACCAGAGUACAAGAACGGCCUGGAUGUUCUGAUGCGGGUCGUGGGGAAGGAGGGCUUCUUCUCCCUGUGGAAAGGUUUCACUCCGUACUACGCCCGGCUCGGCCCUCACACCGUCCUCACCUUCAUCUUCCUGGAGCAGAUGAACCGCCUCUACAAGACCUACGUGCUGGACCGCUAACACACACCAUCACACACACACACCAUCACACACCAUCAUACACACACACCAUCACACACACACACUGAGGAGGACGAUCCUCAGCGUCUGCAGGAGUUGCAGCAGCAGGUCCAUGUUUUGUUUUUCUGCUGCUUUCAAAUAAAAACUCACCUGAGAGAAACUCAGUGAGAUCAGUGUUAAAGCUGAACACACACAUCAUCACACACACACAUCAUCACACACACACAUCAUCACACACACACACCAUCACACACACACACGAAGGGUUAAAGUUCUCCUGGCUGUGAUGUAAGCACCUUUCACUGACAUCAGAUUAUAAACCUGUGACCUCCGACCCCCAGCAUCAUGGUGUCACCUGGUUACCAUGGUUACCGAGUGGGAAAUAAAGCGUUUUUAUCCUCA